CCGACGUACGACAUCUUUGCUAUAUCCACGCACCCCACUUCCGCCGACAUCCGCAAUUAUCGACAGACGCGACUCACCGCUCUGGAGACGAACCCGAGCAGCUUCCUUUCGACCUACGAACAGGAGGUAGCUCUCCCUGCGGAGACGUGGAAGGAACGGCUGAGCGGCAGCGAGAAGGCCACCUUCGUUGCCCGCCCAUCCACCUCAUCGCAAAACACGACGGAGAGCGAACCUCUCGUCGGGAUGGUGACCGUACUCCCCGCACGCACUUUUCCACUUCCGCUCCCGGUUGCCUGUACGGACCCCAGUGUCGCCUACCUCAUCGUAGCAAUGUGGAUAGCUCCCGAGCACAGGCGGCGUGGACUCGGGCAGGACCUGUUACAGGCAUCGCUGGCGUGGGCCGCGAAAGACGUUUUCCGGGACACAUCUGGUGCGGGAGAUCCGGAGAAGCAGGCUGAAGUCUUUCUGUUCCUCGCGUUGGACAAUGCUAAAGGGCGGGGCUUAUACGAGAAGUCAGGGUUUGAUGCGGUU